AUCGAUGACCGACUCGCGCCUUUUUCUUCAAUGCUCGAAAGCAGAAUCGGAGUAUGAUUGUCACAACGUAUUUUACCACAAUACUGAAAGUAGUCUAGCCAAUCGAUUUACCCUUCAAACCUGCAGCUCCGCCUGACUCAGUCCGUUUCAUUACGACACGCGGAUACGGGGUUAAAGACGAGCCUCGACGCAAGAUCGCGAUGUCUUUUUCUAAUGCACAAGCGACACCAUCCAUCCAGAUAUGCAGGAUAAUGCGUCCUGAUGAUGCCAACAUUGUUGGCAAUGUUCAUGGUGGGACUAUCCUAAAGAUGAUUGAGGAAGCGGGAUGCAUCAUUGGCACACGCCAUUGCAAUACUCAGACUGGGGACCGCUGUGUAGCUGCUCUGGCUCGGGUGGAGCGCACAGACUUCCUGCACCCAGUGUUCAUCGGUGAAGUAGCCCACGUCAGUGCUGAGAUUACCUACACCUCCAAACACUCGGUGGAGGUGCAGGUUAAUGUUCUCUCAGAGAACAUAGUCACAGGUGCCAAAAAAUUGACCAACAAGGCAACACUAUGGUAUGUCCCACUGUCCCUUCACAAUGUGGCCAAAAUCAUUGAAGUUCCUCCUAUUGAGUAUUCUAGCCCAGAACAAGAGGAAGCAGGUAAAAAGAGAUAUGAAGCCCAGAAAUUCGAGCGAAUAGAGACUAAAGAGAGGAAUGGCGAGAUCAUAGUUUCUGUCUCUCUUCCAGAUAGACAAACAAAAGAGCCCUACACUGUUGCAUUUAGCCAAUCGAGUCUGAUCCACCUCAUAGGCCCAUCUGACUGCACUCUACAUGGCUUUGUACAUGGAGGAGUGACCAUGAAGCUGAUGGAUGAGGUGGCAGGGAUUGUUGCUGCUCGGCACUGCAAGACCAACAUUGUAACCGCAUCAGUGGAUGCCAUUAACUUCCAUCGCAAAAUCAAGAAAGGCUGUGUCAUUACUGUUUCCGGCCGAAUGACUUUCACAAGUAAUAAGUCAAUGGAGAUUGAGGUUUUCGUUGACGCUGACCCACUGGUGGAGGCUGAGAAGGGGAAAUAUAGGGCUGUUACAGCCUUCUUCACCUACAUCCUGGACAAAGAAAAUAAGCCCCUACCAGUGCCACCGCUGAAAUUGGAAGGUGAAGAGGAGCAGAAGCGGUUUGAAGAAGGGAAAGCACGCUACCUGCAGAACAAGGCAAAGAGACUCGCUUGA